UUUGUUCCACAUCCCUGCUCCUGCACUGACUGCUGACCACUUUGUCCUUGAGCAGACAAACGUUUUCCUCAGGAACUCUGCCAUCAAAAUGGAGUCAGCUACAAUGGAACUGCUGUCCAAUCAGACAUCAGAGAGCUGUACACCACUGGAAACAACGAUUGAGAACCAGCUGUUUGGAUGGUUCUACAUCGUGGUUUUCAUCCUGGCGCUGAGCGGCAACAGCUUGGCUCUCUGGAUCUUUUCUCAACAGCGGGGAACGUCCUCUCCAGCUAACGUCUUCUUGAUUCAUCUGGCUGUGGCCGACUUAUCGUAUGUGAUCAUCCUCCCACUCAGAGCUAUCUACCACUUCACCGGAGGCCACUGGCCCUUAGGCGAGGUGCCCUGCAGGGUGGUGGGCUUCUUGUUCUAUGUCAACAUGUACGCCAGCCUGUACUUCCUGGCCUGUGUGGCAGGUGAUCGCUACCUGGCUGUGGUUCACGCUGUGAGGUCGCUGAAGGUCCGUCGUAGUCGCUACGCUCACAUCAUCAGCUUCUGUUUGUGGGUCCUGGUUACUGUUUCCAUGGCGCCGCUGCUCGUCACCCAUCAGACUGCUGAGGUGGACAACAUGACAGUGUGCAUGCAACUGUAUAGAGAGAAGGCCUCACGCAAAGCACUGAUCUCCCUGGCUGUGGCCUUCACGCCUCCUUUCCUCGCCACCCUGUCCUGUUACUUCCUCAUCAUCCACAGCCUGCAUCGAGGCUCCAGGUUGGAACCGGCCCUAAAGCUGCGGGCUCUGCGCACCAUUGGCCUGGUCAUGCUUAUCUACGUGGUCUGUUUCCUGCCCUACCACAUGAGCAGAGCCACCUUCAUCCUGGGCUACAACCACCCUGACAAUUCCUGCCAAACACGAAGAGGCCUGAGCCUGGCCAACCGCCUCACCUCCUCCCUCACCUGCCUGAAUGGUGCCAUGGACCCGCUGGUUUACUUAUUUGGGGCGGAGAAAUUUCGUGGCACGCUAAGGCGACUGUUCUGUAAAGAUAAGGGAGGAAUGUCCGGAGCCACCAGUGGAGAGUUAAAGGGAACGCAUGAGAGCUCCGUGAGCGCAAAGUCUGAGUUCUGAGGAAGAAUCGUUUGAAGUGGAUCUACAAAUCUGUGAUGACUAAAUGCUUUUCCAACACAACCAACUUUGGUCUGACUAUGCAUUGACCAUUGCCUUUACUUGACUGACGGCUCACUUUGACAUUAAGCCUUAGUUCCAGCAUCCACCUUACAUGCUAUUCACUGAGCCUUCACAGGCUUAAACAUCUUUAGUGUGAACAAAGGAAUGUGUCUAACUCUAAACUAAAGAAUGAUUCUCACAGUUUAAAGCAACGAGGUACUUUUGGAUCAAAUCAAACUAUUUACAAUUGUGGCAUCAUCAGAUUAAAAACCAGACAAACCAUGUUGUUUCUAUGCUUCUGAAAUGCCACUGUCAUCAACAUCAAAUUGUAAGAAAUUGUUGGUUCUUAUCAUUUGAGGUCUUGGAUCCACAUGAUUCUGAGGAACAAGAUCUGACCAAAGUCUACUAAAUCUAAUCAGAUGUGGUCUCAGGUCUGUGUACCAGUAUGUCAAAUACUUGAGUGGACCUGGGUGAACCAAAGUGGUAUCAUCUUCUUUCAUUUCAAACAACUCAUAUUAUUGAUGCAGCAAGUGGAUAAAGUACUUCAUUUUUAAUAUAACUUUGCCUCCUAAACAUAAAGCAAUUAUUCAAGUUUCUCUAACUUGAAUUUUUUUCAAAUUAUACUUAUUAUAUUGCCUCUCUUUCCCACCGCAGCUGCUUGUCAGUUGAUCUGAGUCAUUGUUAUUGUUCAUUGUCUGAUAGAAUCUGUUUGGUUGACUGCAUUUGGAUUGGGUUGAAUUAUUCUAAGAUUUGUCACACUGGCUGUGCUCUCAAUCAAUAAAUGCAUGUCAGGUUUGGGUGGGAUUUUCACUGUUCAGGUCCAGAAUAGUUGUCUUAACUUACUCCGACGAACAGAGUCUACAGAAUUGCAAAAUUACAAAAAGUUUGACUAAAAAGCUCAGAGAUUCAAUUAUGGAACCCUAAAACCUGAGCAGAUUUUAAUUCUGGACAGCUACUACUUCUGCCACCUGCUGCCUUGAACAGUCUUCAUCCCAAGACAAAGUUGGUUGUUCCAGUAAAGCUGUUCCAGAUACGAUAAAAAAAAAUAAAAAAUUUUUUUUUUAAAUGCUCAUGCAACAAUAUUAUUAAAUUGCUUUGCUGGGUCAUAUUUCAUAUUAGAAACAUGUUCCUUCCAUCCAGAGCAUUUGGUGGAGGCCAGGGAAUUGUGUCAAACACCUAAAGACUGAGCAAACAUGUACAUACUCAACUUGUAAUAUAUAUUUCCUAUUACUGUUUUGUAUUGCACACCAAAAAUUCUGAAUACUAAUUAGUCGUAAGUUUUAUUGCUUUUUUAAAAUUGUUUUUCAAAGGGUGAAUUAACCUUUGCUAGCAGCAGGGCUUUGUAAUCCAAUAUAAAAUAUUUGCAAUGAAGCUACAGAUACUGUGUGUGAAUCUUGUCGAAACUGCAUAAAUUUAGUGCUUUUCUAAAGUGUCAGUAUCGAGUCAAAAUUUUUACUUUUGUUUGUGUCCAACAACUUGCAAAAGGUGCUCAGUGCUAAUUGGCACAUGUUAGCUAGCUAAUACAACAAACAAAGUUGCUGAAUAUGUUAAUAUACCUGCUAAACGUCAGUGUGUUAGCAUUGUUGUUGCAUGUUAGCUUGCUGGUGUUAGCAUUUAGCUCACAUUCUUUGUGGAGCUGCGAACAAGACUGUGGAUUUUGUCAAACAUUGCACCUGCUUGUAGCUGUAUAGCAUUUUACUGCAUUUAACACAGUCACAUCUGAAUUCUGAUACCUGAUCUAUAUAUAAAGCCCUCCACACAGUUGUAGGGUUCAUAGCAUGUGCACUACUGUCCCCUUAAAAUCCCACAUGACGGUGCACCACAUCACGUUUUUAUAGAUUCACAAAUUGUUGCUGUGAACCUCUGCAGGCUAAAGCGACAGGUUAAACUGAUGCUGACUAGUGGGAGUCAGAUAUCUCAGUUUACUGCCCACCAUUGUCUACAAUGUACACUGAUUGCCACAACAAUAAAACCACUUGAAAUGAAUAUCACUGAUAUAUUACAAUGGUGCCUGUCAGUGGGUGGAUAUGUGAGGUAGUAGUAUUUAUUACUGGUGGUUUUAAUGUCGUGGCUAAAUGUUGUAUACAGGGACUAAUGAAUAAGUGAAUGAGGACACAGCAGUUACUUUUUUUUUUUUUGUAAUUGCCCCAAGACACCAGUAUUAUGUUUACUUUGCUUGACAAAUCGCCGUUGUAAAUAUUGUAUUUUCUUCAUCACCCAGCUUCUUAGCUCUUCUAUGCAUUUAUAUUGCACUAUUGUAUGGCAAACUAUUAACCAUUGUUCUAUUUUACUUGAAAGCUUGUUCAAGUUCAACUUGUGAGUAAUUAUUACGUAAUUCUCUGUGGCAAAAAUGCGCCAUCUGCUCAUUAAAACUGUACAGACACUCCACCAGUUGACUUGUAUGACAAUGACCGACUCACAUUUCAUUCCUUUUUUUGCAUGGAUAACAUCUGCUUGUCAUUUCUGUUACAUAAAAACUAUGUGAACACAACAUUGCAGUCGCGAAAGCAAAAGUAUGAUUUCACAUCCUCCAUGUCUGAGGCUUUGACAUGCUCGCCGUGAAAGUGGCAGACCUAUUUCGAGCGCUGAGACAGAAACCUCCGAGGCUGCACAGACUUGUCACCAUGUAGUUCUCUUUUCGUAUCAUGUGACCUAUGUUGUGGUUUGUGAGUGGCUUAUUUUCCUCCUCUUAUUUCUGCAAGACUUCCUGUCCAUCACAUGAACAUGGCAAGCCAUUCUAAAGUUGUGUUUCCUGAAUGUAUGCAUUUCAAAAAGCACUCAAGCUCCCCUGAUUCAUGUAAGAUGAAUUAAAGUGUAGCAGUUACACUCAGGCCAGAGGGUGAACAUGAGCGCUUGUUUUUAUUCUAAAUCAAAUAUGAUUUGAGCAUUAAAGUGGACAUAAAAGCCAAA